UUCACAAAUUUGAUUUUUUUUUGUUUGUUAGUUUAUGCAUUUUCCAUCUGGGUUUCUGUUUAUUGGAUUGAGGAAAUGCACUUCAUGUCUUUUCAAACAUACCCUUUUGUUCUAUUGUCUUUUCAAUCGAUUAUGUUGUUGAUUCGAUUGAUUGCAGAUAUCAAUUAUACUUUUGAGUUUCUUCUGCAGAUUGGCUUUCUUCUUCCACACUGUACUAGAAUUGCUACAUGCCGAAAAAAUGACAACAUUUCUUUCCAUUACAAGUUGGACAUCAUGAAAAGACGGCUUUCAACAGUUACAGACAGGGAUCCAGAUUUGCCGUAUUCUAUUAGUGAAACAAGUUUGAGUAAGGAAUUUUCAAAUUUUGGUCAGGUAGUUGAAGUUAAGCUUGUCAAAGAUGACGCCACACAGAGGUCAAAAGGAUAUGCAUUUGUGCAGUAUACUUCUCAAAAUGAGGCCAUGCUUGCAUUAGAAAACAUGGAUCAUAAGACUCUUGAUGGCAGGGUAAUUUAUGUGGAUCUUGCAAAACCAGUAAAUAAUUCAUUCGGUUCAUACCCCAUAACUUCAGGUCCCCCUUCUGAGCAGAAUUCAUAGAAGCAAACUGGGCAUAGAAAGGCAUGACCUGUUUGCAACUCAGUGGUGCUUUUACUGUAACUGUAUUUGCCAUCUUAAAGAUUGAAAAAUACGUGAUUUCUUGACUGUUCAAAGCAGAAGAAAAGAAGUUAAGGAAGAAGAAGAUCAUGUUUAAGUCAUGUUUAAGUCCUAGUGGUUAUAGGUAAGUAUUCUGGUGACCAUAUAUGAGUGUAGGUCUGUAGUUUAGAUGCAUGAGAAGAGUUAUUAAGAGAUUGUAAAUUAGAAAUGUAAACGUUUGUGGAGUGCUGGAAAUAAAAUUAAGGCAAUGGAUUGGGUACUGUUUCUUCUCUCGUA